AUGUCUGAUCACGACUCUGGCUCUGAAUCGGAAUCUAGCAAACAGCCUGCAUUAAAUAAAGAUGAGGUCGCUGUCCUACAGUCCUAUAUUGAGCAAUGGGAAUCAGCUGAGGCAUCGGAGCGCAAGAAGGUCUUGAAAGCAGCUGCAACCGAAGCUUGGACAAAGGCACCAGUGAUGGCCAUAAGACUACUGAAAGAUUGGAGAGGGACAUGGUUCCAAAACCAAGGAUUGAAGAGAAAGCUGGCUAAACCCCCUAUCAAGAUGGGGCAGAGAUGGACGGAAAGAAGUGUUAUAGACACCCUCCGGAAGAAAGAACUAUUAAAAAAAAUACAAGAUGAGACUGGAGCUAAGCCAGGCACGAAAGAAAUGAUCAACCAUUACACCAGGCAGCUCAACCUUCUUAUUGCAUCUUUGUCCCCGGAUGAACUCGUAGAAGUGAAAGAGACAGCCAAUUUAUGGAACCGUCAGGGCGUUCCGGACGACAUCAAGGCUGACAUUGCCAGGAAAAAAAGCGAUGACAUGAUCCAUCAUUUCACAACCGAGAUGUGGAACCGGGCGGGAAUGAGGGUCUUUAUUGUGUCCGCUUGGAAAAAUGAAGAGGGAAAGAUUCAUGUGGCCGGUCACGACUAUAACAAUGAAUACGGUGGUGCCAACUCUGUUAUGAAGACUCGUAAAUGGGAUGCCAUCCUUCCGGAAUGGGAUUCAUAUGCAGAGAGCGCAUUUGAUGGUAACUUGGAUGGCGAUACAGUUGCAACUCGGAAGAAAGGUCGACAGGACAAGACUUACAUCCUUGACGUUGGCGACGAUGGAUAUCCUUUGCUCCCUGCAUGUGAUUCUAUGGAUUUGGAUACAAAGAAGGCAGUCGUGCGUGCAUUUCUGACUUGGCAUUACAGGAAAUGUUGUGGCAAUCCAAAAAUUUCAAUCCCAUGGAAGUAUGUCAUACCCAGAUGCGGUGAGAUCAUUCCGGCAGAAUGUCUUCCGGAAGAACACAAUCUUGCAGAGCCUUCAAAGUUAAGGCAGGUCCACGCCACGGAACUUCUACAGUUCUGGUGUAACCGACAGGAGGAGGGCGAGGAGCGUGUAUUGGAAUUUAUUGGUUGGUGGGACAAUGAUAAAGAGGAUAUGGUGCUCACUGCAGACAUAGAAGUCCCAGUGACAACACCGAGAAAGACAAAGACAAAGCCCAAGCAGACAUUGGGUUUUAGCAGAAAGACGGCACAUCAACCACAGCAGUCUUCGGCAGGACAAUCGAAAUCCGGUGCAAAUGCAAAGACAAAAAGGGUCACGCAUGAGUCGGAAACCAAGUUAAUAAAUGGAACCACUACUUCAGGUGGUCCACAGAAGAAUGCCAAGGGGAACAGGUCAUACGACGAAGGAUUAGACGCCGCAAAGACCACCGCUGAUGAGUCACUUCCCAAACAAUCCGAUGACUCGGAUGAUGAUAUCCUAAGUCGCCAAAAAUUAAUCGAGGCGAAAAAGCGUAGUGGCCAUCCGGUCUCUAUGAGCCGUAGUGAUGACUCCAAUGGCGAUGUUGAGGAAAAUAUCUGUAAAAAGGUCAAACCGGUUGGCACAAGAGGCAAGAAGACUGUGUCCUCAGUGAAGGCCGGUGCACAUGUGCGGAAGAGCUCCGAGCCUGAACUAUCUACAUCUACCACUGCUAUUGCACCCAAGGAGCGAGCGGCACUACCUCCGAUGGAAGCUGGUGGAGCAUCCGGUGCGCGGACCAAAAGUAUAGUCCGUGGGACAACUCGAGGACAAAAAAGGACUGCUGAAGAGUGUUUGGAAGGUUCUCCAGCCAAACGGAUGAGACAUCAAGCAGCCGUUCAACAGGAUAAGGUGGCUGCUAGACAGGCUAGGGUGAAGCCAGGGAAGAAACCGGUUGAAGACAUUACCGAUGGGUCACCCUCGAAACAGACCAGGAGCAGGACUUCACAGCCUGCUGCAGGCAAACGCUACCGCAAGCCAAACUCUCGGUACAACGACUAUGUAAAGCCUUAA